AUGUUGGAUAUAGACUCUUCAUCCGUUUGGAGCCCCGCGGAUCUGGGACACUGGCUCAAGGAGGAUAUUAACGACGUGGCCAAGGAAUUGUAUGCACGCCACUAUGAAAUAGCCAGUAGUAUUGUUGCCAAGAAUCACUUCGCAUCUCGUUACGAAGUGGUCAGCACUGUGGCCAAGGUUGCGAAAAGCUCUGCAACGAUUCUUAGACUUGCGAAGACGAUCAGGAUCUCGGCCUCAUCGCCUCCAAAAACCGGUGUCCUGCACGCCAAAACCUCGGCCACGGCCACGGCAACGAGUCAUGUUGACGCUUUCAUUGCACUUGGCAGCAAUGUCGGAGAUAGGCUGGACGCGAUCGAGCAAGCUUGCGUUGCUCUCGAGAAAGAUCAUACCAUACGCAUCCUUGAGACGAGUCCCCUCUACGAAACCAAAGCCAUGUACGUGGAGGAUCAAGAGAGCUUCCUCAAUGGCGUCUGCAAGAUUCAAACAGAUCUUUCGCCAAUGCAGCUCCUAGACCACCUGCAAGCAAUAGAACACGACCUUGGUCGGGUUAAGAUAAUUGACAAGGGUCCUCGUAAUAUUGAUCUGGACAUCCUCACCUAUGGCUGGGAUGUCAUCCGAAGUGACCGCCUGACCGUCCCACACCCUUUGAUGCAUGAGCGUGAGUUUGUGCUUCGGCCGCUGUCUGAGCUGUCUCCGAGAAAGUGGCAAACCAGUCUUCAAUGGCUGCACGAACUUUCACCAUUGGAACCGCCAAUGUAUGCGAUGACGCCUCUGUCGCCUGGCUCUGACUCGCUUCGUCCUCUGAAGCCUCAGCGACGCACUACAGUCAUGUCCAUCCUGAACGUAACGCCAGACUCCUUCUCGGAUGGCGGAGACAACCUUAGCUCCGACAUGGAAGCCUUGAGACAAACUGUAGCAACGCACAUUGCCGAUGGCGCUACGAUCAUCGACAUUGGAGGUCAAUCAUCUCGCCCGAACGCACCAGACAUCACCGCCGAUGAAGAAAUCUCCCGUAUUCUCCCAGCGAUCGAAGCUAUCAAGUCCCUUCCGGAGGCUUCAAACAUCACCAUUUCAGUCGACACAUAUCGAGCCUCCGUGGCUGAAGCCGCAAUCAAAGCCGGAGCGCAUAUCAUCAACGAUAUCUCCGCUGGAACCCUCGACUCAGAAAUGCUCCCAACAAUCGCCAGACUACGCUGCACAUACAUCAUGAUGCAUAUGCGCGGCACACCAGCCACCAUGCAAUCCGAAGAAAACACUUCCUAUCCGAAUGGCCUCAUCCGAACUAUCGCCUCAGAACUCCAAUCCCGCCUCCAAGCAGCACAAGAAGCCGGCAUUCGACGCUGGCGCAUCAUUCUCGAUCCUGGCAUCGGAUUCGCGAAGACGACGGAACAGAACGCUGAGCUGCUCGGCAACUUCUCCGAGCUGAGGAAUUGGAGUGGCUUGGCGACGUAUCCUUGGGUGGUGGGGAGUAGUCGGAAAACUUUCAUUGGAAACUUGACGGGCGUUGCGGAGGCUAAGGAGAGGGUUGAAGGUACUGCUGCUACGGUUACUGCUGCUGUUGCGGGUGGGGCGGAGAUUGUGAGAGUCCACGAUGUGAAGGAGAUGGGGAGGGUUGUGAAGAUGGCUGAUGCUAUGUAUCGAUCUGGAUAA